UUUGUGUGGAUAACUUUAGCUUUAAGCUUGUAUUGAAAGAGAAUGGCUGUCGCAAAUAAGCAAGAGCUUCCCCUCAAAGAAGCUCAAGUUUUCAGAAAUAUCCUGAAAAACUAUGAACUUCGUCAAUAUAAAAAGGGCCUCAAAUUAGCGGAAGGGAUUCUUAAAAAGUAUCCUGAUCAUGGUGAAACGUUGGCUAUGAAGGGUUUAUUUUUGAACAAUCUCGAAAAGAAAGAAGAAGGAUAUGAAUAUGUGAAAAAGGGGCUCUUGAAAAAUUUGACAUCGCAUAUCUGCUGGCAUGUCUAUGGUCUUUUGUACCGUGCGGAUAAAAACUACGAAGAAGCCGCCAAAUGUUAUGCGAAUGCUUUGAAAUUCAACAAAAACGACAUUAACAUUCUUCGUGAUUACGCCGUACUUCAGACGCAACUUCGUCAAUACGACGCUUUGGUGGAAACACGUACUAAACUUUUGGAAUCGAAGCCUUCCAAUCCUCCUUUCUGGCUUGGCUUGGCCAUUGCUUAUCAAUUGGCCAAGAAGCCUUUGGAGGGUGUGAAAGUCCUAAGAGCCUAUACUGACUCGGAAGUCAUUUCUGCAGCUGCUAAUGAUUUUGAAAGAUCAGAGUUGCACAUGUAUGAAAAUAUGUUAUUAGAAGAAGGUGGCGAUUAUCAGGCAGCUAUGGAUCAUUUGAUCAGUAUAGAAUCAAAGGUCACCGAUAAGAGAUCGUGGAAAGAGAAGCAUGCACUUUAUCUGCUCAAAUUGGAUAGGAAGGAAGAAGCAGAAAAGGCUUAUAGAGAUUUGAUCAGUGAAAAUCCUCACCAUAGUGGCUACGUCACUGCUCUUUUGUCGAUGGAGACUGAAGAAGGUGAAGCCAACAAGGUGCUUGCAGAUCUCUUUACUCAAUAUCCUCGAUCAAAAGCCAUUGAGCAUUUGAUUCUUCAACAUGCUGAAGGCGACUCUUUCAGAGUCAAGGUAGCGGCUUCUCUUCAGAAUGGAUUAAGAAAGGGGAUUCCCUCUUUAUUCGCUUCGAUGAAGAAGUACUAUGCUCAACCAGACAAAAAGAAGGCUAUUGAAGAGCUUGUAGCGGGUUAUUACGAAUCGUUACAGAAGGACGGCACGUUUGGCAAUGGCGACAAUGUCAAGGAGCCUCCAACAGCACUUUUAUGGACUUUAUACUAUCUUGCCAAGCAAUCUGAUUUCCGUCAGGAAAGCGAGAAAGCACUUGAAUGGAUUGAAAAAGCCAUUGCGCAUACACCCACAGUGGUAGAGCUUUACAUGACGAAGGGGCGAAUUUUAAAGCACAUGGGACAGUUGGAGGAAGCUUGGAAAGUGAUGAAUGAGGCGCGUGAGUUGGAUUUGCAGGAUCGUUUUAUCAAUUCCAAGUGUGCGAAAUACAUGUUACGUGCCGGACAUAUUGAAGAAGCGGAACGUAUUUUGGGUCUGUUUACACGUAAGGAUGUCACGGCUCUGCAAGACUUGACGGACAUGCAAUGCCAAUGGUUCAUGGUCGAGGAAGGCUAUGCUUAUUUGCGCAAGAAAGAGUACGGAAAAGCGUUGAAGCGUUUCCAUGCGUUGAACAAGUUUUAUGAGAUUUAUUUUGAUGAUCAGUUCGAUUUCCACAGCUACUGUCUCCGCAAGCUGACACUUCGUGCGUAUGUGGAGGGCUUGCGUUGGGAAGAUAGCGUGAAAAAGCAUCCCUUCUAUCUCAAGGCAGCGAAAGGUGCUGUAGCGGCUUACUUGGCACUUGCAGACAGUAAAGCGGAUCAUACCAACGAAAAGGAAAACCAAGACGGGAUGGAUGAGGCCAACAUGUCUGAGGCAGAAAAGAAGAAGGCUAGAAAUAAAGCACGUAAAGCAGCUCUGAAGGCGCAACAGGAAAAAGAAGCCAAAAAGAAGGAGGAAACAGCCAAGAAUAGCAGCAGUGCAAAAGACAAAAAGAAUGUCGAUACAGACCCUGAUGGAGAGGCCUAUCUCCAUACGGAAAAGCCAUUGGAGGACGCACUUCAAUUCGUACAACCAUUGACCUUGUUAGCGCCCGAUAACCUCGAUGUGGGCACACUUGCGUUUGAUAUCUAUCUUUGUCAACAGAAAUAUUUGCUCGCCCUAAAGUCUUUGGUGAAGAUAUCACAGAUCAAUAAAGAGAGCCAGGACUUUAAAUUGCGAUUGGGCCAAUUUGAAGAAGCUCUCAAGAAGCAGCCUAGUUUGGAUUCUAGGAUGAAACAAGCCAUUGAUGUACAGCUUGUUGAAUUGAAGCGACAGUAGAGAGAUUUGGAUCCUGCUCAACAAAUAGACUAUGUGAAAAAUCGUCCAAGAAAAGGAAGAAAGCCCUCAUUCAAUAGAAUUGAAUCUGUUUUCAUUAGUAAAUAACCAUAGAUAAAGACACGGUUUCCCUGUCCCAUGUAUCUUACUUUGUUUUUACACAAUGUACACAUGAAUUGUAUACUUAUCAACGCCAAAAUAAAGCUUUAAAAAAAGCUUGAAUCCAAAAGACAUAUGGACAUGGCCAUCUUUAGUUUUUUUUAU